CACUGGUGGUCUGUCAGGACUGCAGAAUGGAUCUGAAGAUGUUCCUGGUCUUCACUGCAUUUUUGCUUCACACUUCCCUGGGCUUUCCUAUUCAGGAGAAGUGUGAAAACAGCACAACAACAACAGAACCUACUGAGGUUACUACACAAGAGGAUAUAUAUGAAUCUCCAUUGCCUACAGAGACUGAUGUUGAGGAAGAAGUUAUUUUUAACAAAAUUCUGAAAGUUAACCAAGACAGCUCUCAAUACUUGCAAGAAGGUGACAUAGUUCCACGAAGGAGUCGCAGUGCCAUCAACUGUCGCCAUUGCAACUGGCCCCAGUCCCAUGAUGGGAUUGUUCGUGUUCCCUAUGUCUUGGAUCCUACUUAUGAGGAGAGCCACAUAAAAGGGAUUCAUGAUGCCAUGGCAGAAUUUGAAGCACUGACUUGUAUUAAUUUUGUGAAGCGCAAGACAGAACGUGAUUACCUCAGCAUUAAAUCUGCCGAUGGCUGCUGGUCCAACUAUGGGAGAGUAGGAGGUGGACAGACUGUCUCUGUGAUGAAAGGAGGAUGCCUGUGGAAAGGAGUAAUUCAGCAUGAACUGGAGCACGCUCUGGGCUUUUUGCAUGAACACUCUCGAAGUGACAGAGAUAAGCAUGUAAAGAUCAUGUGGGAGUACAUCAGUCCACCUGACAGAUCAGACUUCAAGAAAUUUGAAAACUCCAAUAACCUGGGUCUUCCGUAUGACUAUUCCUCAGUAAUGCACUAUGGCCCAUACACAUUCACUAAUACCACUGGAAAAGCAACAAUUGUACCAAUUCCUGAUGGAUCAGUACAUAUUGGACAGAGGCAGGGGCUAAGCAACUUGGACGUGGCCAAAAUCAACAAACUUUACAACUGCAGUCGUUGCAGCACUAUUCUUGACGGAACUUCUGGGUCACUGAAAUCUGCCAACUACCCAAGAAAUUAUUCAGAUAACACCAACUGUGUCUGGCUCAUCCGAACCCGAUCCAGAAAGGUUUCCCUGUACUUUCAAGCCUUCGAGCUGCAGAAAACCAGAGGCUGUCAGGGUGAUUAUGUCAAAGUUUAUGAUGGAUCCAGCAGGUCUUCUGCAGUUCUAAUGGACAAGACCUGUGGAUCAAAGAUACCAAAUUACAUAGUUGCUUCUAGUAAUCUUAUGCUUGUAGAAUUCAUCACAGAUGGUGCUUACACAGCUUCUGGUUUCCAAGCCACCUUUGCUGCUGGUAAUAAUCAAAGAAGACCUAGCAUCCACAACUGACUUAAUGAAGAAUAUUGAAAUUAUGUUUCCUACUUUGCUUCUAUCCUGGCUUGGAUCAGUAUGAAAUUUAAUUCUAUCAAGAAUCAAAGUUUUCAUCUUCUGGAGAAAGUUUAUUCCCCAAGCCAUAUAAAUGUACAAAUUCUAUACAUCUUGUAUACUCCUCCUUUUGUCUGCACAGUUAAGUUAUUACCUCUUUCUAUUUAACAAUUGAAUAAAGAGCUUAAU